UGCUGCAGGAACCCGCUCGCAUCCAUUGAAAAUCCUCAUUUAAACGGGAGGGGGGCGUUCAUUUAACCCCAUAGUACUUUAAUAAUCCUGAACGAAAAAUCCCGCAACUGCUGCGUCUUCUCUAUUAAGAUCAGGAGGUUUCGGUGACCAUGGGGUCUGCUGCAGACGAUAAGAAGUCUCUUCCUCCUCCCGGGAUCGUGAACAGGAACUCGGUGUGGCUGGCGGGGAUCGGUUGGUUCUCCGCGGUGCUUCAGAAUGCUAUCAACCACAGGCCGCCCGUGAAGUCAGGUGUCCAUCGACAGUUUCUUUUGGCGACAGUCGGCUGGUUCCUCGGCUACCAUCUAACAAAACAUGAAAACUACACGUACGCGAGGCUGGACCGGGACAUGAACGAGUACGUCAAAAUCCACCCUGAGAAGUUUCAACCAAAAGAAAAAAAGACGUUUGCAGAGAUCGUCGAGCCUUUCCAUCCAGUGCGCUAAACGGCCGCUCAGACGGGAGAAAAGAGGACGGACGGACUAUUUGCAGACUUGUUUUGAGCAGCUUUUAUUUUGUGAAAUCUGUAUCCAUCACAUUCUGUGAAAUUUAGGUAUGUAAAUAAAAAAAA